AGCUUGCGGCUUCGACUUGUAGGCUCUUAAACUAUAUAAUGGUGGAGCCUGAGCUUCACAUCCGACGGGAAGAGACUGAGCAGGAUACUACACACUUCUGCAACUAGAAAACAGAUCAUUUGAAGAAAGACCUAAGCAGGUUAGGACAAGAGCAGCAAUGAAGACAUCAUUGGCAACUCUAACCCUUUGCUUCGUGGUGCUGACGGCCACAGGUUUCCCCUUAGAAAGGAAAGGGACCUCACCCUCUGCUGGUACUGCCAAAGAGAAGCGUGUCCAGUAUGCAGCAUGGGAUGAUGUUAAUGUCAUUGCCCAUGGCCUGCUGCAACUGGGCCAAGGGCUAAAGGAGCAUGUGGACAAAACCAAACUCCAGGUGCGGGAUAUUUUCAGUAAGUUGAAAGUCUUCAACCGCACCGUGACCGAGCUGGGGAAGGAAAGUCAGAAGCUUCGAGCGGAGGGAGAAGCCCUCAAGGCUCGAGCCCAGGGAGUGGAGGACAGAGAAGCGCAGCUGCUCAACGUCACCGCAGAGCUGAGAGAAAAGGUCGAGGAGGUGCAGCAGGAAAAGAACGUUAUGCGUGAGAGGAUGAGCCGGCUGGAGGAGAAGGUGGACAGCAUGCUGCAGGGAGACAUUGCACUGCCUGUCGUAAACGGAGCUGUCAAAAACAACAGUGACGCAAGCAACAUCCAGCUCAUGCUUGAGGCUCAGAGCAGACGCAUUGAUGAUCUGAUGGAGCGCAUCAGACUUCAACAGGAAAAGCUUGACAAACAAAAUGUGCGCAUCAGGACACUGCAGAGCCAAAUCCAGUAUUCAAGACAGAGAUCCAGCCAACAGAGCACAGCGGGUUCCGUGCAGGGGGGCGUCGCCGAACAACAUGACUCUCCAGCCGAGAUGGCAGCAGACUGUCAUGAACUAUUUCUGAGAGGAGAGACUACCAGUGGAGUCUAUAUCAUUCAGCCAGUGGACUCGGAGCCCAUUAAUGUCUUCUGUGAGAUGACAGCUGAUGGAGGAUGGACAGUCAUUCAAAGGCGCCAAGAUGGUUCAGUGGACUUUGACCAGCUGUGGGAAGCUUAUGAAAGAGGCUUUGGAAGUCUCAAUGGAGAGUUCUGGUUGGGUCUCGAAAACAUCCACACUAUUGCUAAAGAUGGUGAUUACAUCCUCAACAUCAAGCUCUCCGACUGGGGGGAUGAAAUAGCCUCUGUCCGCUUUCCUUUCCAACUUGGCGGAAAAGAAACCAAGUAUUCGCUUUUGAUUCAAGAGACCGGAACUUUCAGUACCCUGGAGAGUUCCUUGGGGACUGACGCCAUUCCAGGUUUGCUGUUUUCCACACGUGACCAAGACAAUGACCAGAAAACUGACACCAACUGCGCAAAACACCUUUCAGGUGGUUGGUGGUUCAGUAACUGCGGUCGCUCCAACCUGAAUGGUAGAUACUUCCAGAGCCCUCCUCCUAAGCUGCGGCAUCAGAGAAAACAAGGCAUCUUCUGGAAGACCUGGAGAGGCCGCUAUUACCCUCUUAAAUCCAGCACAAUGAUGAUUGCUCCUGCUGAAAUCAACAAGUCAUAAAGAGUAAACAGAGACUAAGAGAAUAACUUCAGAAAAAGUAUGAAGCAAUCCUGGAGUAUGUUGUUUUUUAUUGGUGCUUGUUUUAUGAGGUAGGUUUAAUUUCCUUGUUCGCCUCUCUGUGAAGAAAUGUUCAGACCAGGGACUUGGGCCUCAUAACAGAAGUUAAAACAACUAUGUGUAAGUAAGUUAAGAGUUUCCAUUCCUAUGUUAUUUAUGGGAUGAGUUCCUUCCUCGUUAAUCUAAACCCACAGACGGAGAUCCAGGAAAAAAUAAAGUGUGCAGGGGAAAUGUAAUUUAAUAUGUCAUAGCAAAAUGUCUACUGGUAUAAAAGAAGAGUCCAUUUUCAAAAGAUCGUCGCAAAGCAAGUCCCAGCCUGCUGUUUUGCUCUGAGCGAUAAUGUGUUUCCUUACAAGCUGAGACUUCUCAUCAAGCAAAAGACAAGUGAAUUCAUGUGACGUUGUGCGUAUACAGUAUAGUCAGCUUUAAUAUACCUGAAAACCUGUUACAUUAGAGAAAUCACACGCCAAAAUGUCAUGCAGGCCAGGUAAUCUUUCUACACCUAAAACGGGACCAAAUCAUGACUUGAUUAAAACAAAGAAUAGCCCUCAUGAUCACCAUGAGGUUAGUGUUAAAGUUAGGUAAAGUUAUACAUUGUUGCAAACAGAGUUCAGAUGCAGACACUGUGUUAACACUGAUAGAGACCAUUCCAGCCUUUACUUUACUGUAUUUUCUGAAAGCAAAAUUUAAUCAGAACUAAAUAUUCUUAACUUUUUUUAAUUUCCCUGUGGAGAUUUUAGUAAUAAGUCACAUUGACUGUUUCUAAGUUGAAAGGCAUAGUUUUGUAAAUAGUUUUUAAAAGAAUGUCUUCUGUGUUCAGAGAUAUAACUUUCAAUGAUUUGUUUUUAUGUCAUUCUUCUCUGAUUUGUUUGUUAAUGUAGAUUUUCACCUAUUUAAGAAUCAAUAUAUAUAUAUUUCUGCUGCUUUCUGUUUGUAAUUUAUAUUGUUUUGUUUUUUAAGAAGAAAAAAUACCAUAUUUGGCCAUAAUGAGCCAAUAAAAUCACUUUAAACUAAUAUGUCUAUAUUUGUCAAUUUUUUACAAAGCAUCACAAGUUGUAGUCACAUUCAAAAAUAUACUUUAAUAUGAUAUAAUCCCCUUAAAACCAAGUGCAUCACUAAAUAAGGCUUUAUAUUAGCAAAUGAUUCCCCGUUUCAAUUUCAAACACCAAAUAAAAACAAAA